AUGCCCAAAAUAUGCCUCAGGAGUAACUCUAGAAAAUACCUACAUUUAGGCAGUCCAUAUCAGAGAACAGAAUUUGCCAGCAGCACUUCAGAAGAAACCCACACCUGCUUCCAGGAUCCCCCAGAACACGAGCAGUUCUCAAGCACUCAUGUAAAUACUGGCACGAAGGAGACCGCGUUCAUCUACGCGGUGACAUCAGCAGGACUGGUGCAUUCAGUGACACGAUCCUGCAGUGCGGGGAACGUGACCGAGUGCUCCUGCGACCUGAGCCUGAGGCACGGCGGCUCGGCCAGCGAGGGCUGGCACUGGGGCGGCUGCUCUGACGAUAUCCACUACGGAAUGUCAUUCAGCAGAAAGUUCCUGGACAUGCCUUUGAAGAACUUAACGGGCAAGAGUGGGAGCGGACUGGUGGUGAUGAACCUGCACAACAACGAGGCUGGGAGGCAGGCUGUAGCAAAGCUGAUGUCUGUGGAUUGUCGUUGUCACGGUGUUUCUGGGUCCUGUGCUGUGAAAACUUGUUGGAAAACAAUGUCAUCCUUUGAAAAGAUUGGCCGGUUUUUAAAGGAUAAGUAUGAAAACAGCAUACAAAUAUCAGACAGACUGAAAAAAAAGCUACGCAGGAAAGAGAAAAGCCAGAGAAAAGUACCAAUCGGGAAAGAGGACCUGCUAUAUGUGAACAAAUCACCCAAUUACUGCGUUGAAGAUCAAAAAUUGGGGAUCCCUGGGACUCAGGGAAGAGAAUGUAACCGCACCUCACAGGGACCCGAUGGCUGUAACCUCCUGUGCUGCGGGCGCGGGUACAACACCCACGUUGUCAGGCACGUGGAAAGGUGCGAGUGCAAGUUUGUCUGGUGCUGCUACGUGCGCUGCAGGAGGUGUGAGACCAUGACUGAUGUACACACCUGCAAGUAAGAUGAAGUACAGGAAACACAGCCAAACCAUCCUGCCCUGUCUGGUGUGGAGCUGCCACACAGGCAGCAAAUCCUAUUACUGUGUGGGAUUUUGGGGGGAUCAACCUCGGGGAGAAUGGGUACUGCCAAACAACAAGUAGUCCAAGCAUUUGGCGACUGAAAGAACAAGUUAGUGAGCACCAGACUGCAUGCAGGGGCAGCUUAAACAACAAAAAAGGACUCCUGAUGACACAUUUGAAUAUCUUACUCUGUGAGCAGGGACAGACACUAAACUUUUCAAGUCUUUAAUAGCUACAACGUCCUGAAGAUCCAUGGGGUGGGCAGGUACAGUGGAGAAAACUCAAGAUCUCAUUAGUCAGAGACUGAAGAGUUAAGAGGACUUAUAAGAUACAUUAGAUAUAGCCUUAUGUCUAUGUUUUUAUAAGUGGGACUAGAU